CCGUAAACGGGUGAAGAUGGUGGAGGACGGCGCGGAGGAGCUGGAGGACCUGGUGCACUUCUCCGUGUCCGAGUUGCCGAGUCGCGGCUACGGCGUCAUGGAGGAGAUCCGCCGGCAGGGCAAGCUGUGCGACGUGACGCUCAAGAUUGGGGACCACAAAUUCAGCGCUCACCGAAUCGUCCUGGCGGCCUCCAUCCCGUACUUCCACGCGAUGUUCACCAAUGACAUGAUGGAGUGCAAGCAGGAUGAGAUUGUGAUGCAGGGAAUGGACCCCAGCGCCCUGGAGGCUCUCAUCAACUUUGCCUACAACGGCCACCUCGCCAUCGACCAGCAAAAUGUCCAGUCAUUGCUGAUGGGGGCGAGCUUCCUGCAGCUGCAGAGCAUCAAAGAUGCCUGCUGCACGUUCCUCCAAGAACGGCUUCACCCCAAAAACUGCCUGGGUGUGCGCCAGUUUGCGGAGACCAUGAUGUGCGCUGUGCUGUACGACGCGGCCAACAGCUUCGUCCACCAGCACUUCGUGGAGGUGUCCGUGUCGGAGGAGUUCCUGGGCCUGCCCCUGGACGACGUGCUGGAGCUGGUGUCUCGCGAUGAGCUGAACGUCACGUCCGAGGAGCAGGUCUUUGAAGCCGCGUUGGCCUGGGUCAGGUACGACCGCGAGCAGAGGGGGCCCUGCCUGCCUGAGCUGCUGUCCAAUAUCCGGCUGCCCCUCUGCCGGCCCCAGUUCCUGUCGGACCGAGUGCAGCAGGAAGACCUGGUGCGAUGCUGCCACAAGUGCCGGGACCUGGUGGACGAAGCAAAGGACUAUCACCUCAUGCCAGAGCGCCGGCCCCACCUGCCAGCUUUCCGAACGCGGCCUCGCUGCUGCACGUCCAUCGCUGGGCUCAUCUACGCCGUGGGAGGCCUCAACUCAGCAGCAAAUUUUUAUGCAGGUGAUUCCCUGAAUGUGGUGGAAGUGUUCGACCCCCUCGCCAAUCGCUGGGAGAAGUGCCAUCCCAUGACGACCGCCCGCAGCCGCGUCGGUGUGGCUGUGGUGAACGGGCUGCUCUACGCCAUCGGGGGCUACGACGGCCAGCUGCGGCUGAGCACCGUGGAGGUCUACAACCCAGAGACGGACACGUGGGCCCGGGCGGGGAGCAUGAACAGCAAGAGAAGCGCCAUGGGGACGGUCGUGCUGGACGGGCAGAUCUACGUCUGUGGGGGCUACGACGGCAACUCUUCCCUCAACUCUGUGGAGACCUACUCGCCCGAGACGGACAAGUGGACAGUGGUGACCCCGAUGAGCUCCAGUCGCAGUGCUGCCGGGGUCACGGUCUUCGAGGGCAGGAUAUAUGUGUCCGGCGGCCACGACGGUCUGCAGAUCUUCAACAGCGUGAGUCUGGGCUCUCCCGGGCUGGGCCCUUGCUCCAUCCUUGAGAGCGACUGGGAAAGGCAGUUCCCUGGGAACACGCCAGCCUUCCCGCUGCUGGGAGAGGCGUCGCCUAGUGGGGUUUCGGCCACGGGAGGCAGAGUGCGCCCCCCUUCAGUCUCCAUGGAGACCCCCAUGCGACUGGUGAGAGCGCUGCCCCAAGCAGGUCGGCUGCAGGCAGCGCGGCCUUGCAGGCAGCUGUGUGCUUCGGCACAAUUGGUUGGAAAUAAAACCUCAGCAGCCGUGCACUGGUGGUUGGUUCCGAGGGCCCCUCAGUGCUGGCCGGGUUCAGGGGGCCCCCACAUCCGCUGUCACUCCCCCGCAGAGCAGCCGUAAAUACAGACGGAAGGUCGGUCUAAACCAGUGAUGGCGAACCUCUU